UAAGAAGACUGGUACCAAGCAACGUGGCAUACGCGCGCAUGCGUUAAUGACAAUCCAAGAUGGCAGUCAUUACGAGGAGCUGGUUGCCUGUGGUUUGUUUGUUGUUGAUAAUGGUGUCCAAUUCCUUGUCGUUUUAUCUACCCGGUAUAGCUCCGAUCGACUAUUCAAGAGGUGACCAACUAGAAGUCAAGGCAGUCAAGAUGACGAGCAUCAAAACCCAGCUACCUUACGARUACUACACUUUGCCUUUCUGUAAACCAACAAACUUGCACUUCAAACCAGAAAACUUAGGAGAGGUGUUAAGAGGAGACAGAAUUGUUAACACGCCUUAUGAAGUUCAAAUGAAUAUGAAUAAAAAAUGCACAGUAUUAUGUGGACCAUUCGAUGUAACAGAUGAAAUUGUUAAAAGAUUUAUAUUCAGGAUAGAGAAGGAAUACUAUAUACAYAUGAUUAUUGAUAAUUUACCUGCAGCUACAAAGUUAUAUCUCAUGCAGUCUGGUGAGACACAAUAUGAACAUGGUUUUCGACUUGGAGGCAUACUAGACGAUCAGAAAGUCAUUGUGAAUAAUCACUUAAAGAUGGUUUUAAAGUACCAYACUUACGAUAAAUUUUAUUUUGUGAUCAUUUCUGCCAUUAGCUAUGACAUUAAUUCWGUGAAYGUUGAUGGGAAAUCAUGUUCACUCAAAACUGAAAAGCCUCCUGGCCAGGAAAUGAAGACUGGUUAUACUACCAAACUAAUGUUUACAUAUGAAGUCGAAUGGCAACCAAGUGAUGUUGUGUGGGCAUCAAGAUGGGACACCUAUUUAGCAAUGAGUGAUGUGCARAUUCAUUGGUUUUCCAUUAUCAACUCUGUGGUGAUUGUUCUCUUUUUAUCAGGUGUAAUUGCAAUGAUUAUGAUUAGAACCUUGAGAAGUGACAUUGCACGCUACAAUAAGGAAGAUGACUACGAGGAAGCAAUAGAGGAAACAGGAUGGAAGCUUGUUCAUGGUGAUGUAUUCAGACCACCUCAAAGACCAUGGCUUCUGACAGCAUUUGUAGGCUCUGGUGUUCAGAUCUUCUGUAUGGGCCUAGUAACUUUAGUGUUUGCCAUGUUGGGGAUGUUGUCUCCUGCUAGCCGUGGCAGUCUUAUUCAAGCAAUCAUAUUAGUCUAUGUGUUUAUGGGGGUAUUUGCAGGAUACCAUGCUGGUCGACUCUACAAGACWCUGAAAGGUUUAAACUGGAAAAAGUCAACAGUGGUGACUGCUGGACUCUACCCAGGCUUUGUUUCUGCWAUUUGUUUCUUUCUAAACUUUUUCAUUUGGGGMAAGCAUUCCUCUGGGGCUGUGCCAUUUACUACAAUGAUUGCCUUGUUGUGUUUAUGGAUGGGGAUUUCUUUGCCGCUUGUAUUUUUAGGUUACUAUUUUGGUUAUCGAAAACAACCUUAUGAGCAUCCAGUGAGAACCAAUCAGAUUCCAAGACAAGUGCCAGAACACAUGUGGUACAUGAACUUUAUUCCAAGUUUUCUGUUGUCUGGCAUCCUUCCAUUUGGUGCUGUAUUUAUUGAACUAUUCUUCAUACUCUCUGCAAUAUGGGAGAAUCAGUUCUACUAUCUGUUUGGUUUUCUUUUCCUUGUCUUUGUUAUCCUGGCAAUAUGUGUGUCACAAAUCUCCAUCGUAGUCACCUACUUAAAUCUUGUCUCAGAGGACUAUCACUGGUGGUGGAGGUCAUUCUUCAUGUCAAGCUCUUGCUCUUUUUAUGUGUUUUUGUAUGCUGUAUUUUACUUUGUAACAAAGCUUAAAAUUGUUGACUUCAUUCCUGCAUUGUUGUACUUUGGCUACACAGUGAUAAUGGUGUUCACAUUCUGGUUGUUAACUGGAACUAUUGGCUUUUAUUCCACAUACUUCUUUAUCAGACAUAUAUACUCUGCAGUUAAAAUUGACUAGGUUCUGGAAUUAAAUAUUGUGUUUGCUACAAAACGCCAGGCAUCACAAUCUUGAUACUAAUUGUUAUAAAUUAUACACAAAACUGGAUUUUACUAGAGUGUUAAAUAGCUGCAAAGUUAGUAGUCACUAGUAGAACUUUGAAAAGGUAAUUACACAACUAUUUAACAUUGAUCACAGUUCAAUAGAAAGCAGAACGGACUGCCAAAGGCAUGAUUUUUAAACUGGUACCAGAUGCACUUAGCCUUCCUUUAGGGCCACUGUGCUGGCUAAAUCCUACUUGAAUAUCAAGUCAAAAUGGCAACUAGAUUUUGUGAAUCAAAAGAUUCAAAAUUAUUAUGACAGUGAGAACAUUCUAACUGUGAAUACUUCAAAGGCGCUGAAAUUUCUUGAGUGAGAUGAAAGAAAAACCAUUUGAAAAAGAUCAUAAUGUCCAUCAUCUUGUUCCUGAAAAAUGAGUUAACAAAGUAAGAAAAAUCUCUAUAAGUAUUAAUAGACUGCGACAGAUCCAGCUUGCUCUCUGUCUAAAAUCUAUUUCACAAGAAAGCAAGAAGAGCUGCAACUUAUUGAGUUUGUUUGAAAGCUUUCACUGUUAAAGUACUCUAAAAAUGAACUUUGAAUAUUUUGAUGCAGCUUGAAGCUAGUUUGCGUGCAGCCCAACCAAAACUUUUGUUAUAUUCAGUUAUGUUGUGAUUUUUGUCACAGUUUUGCUUCAACUGCAUAGAGGCUUUUUGAAGCAAUCACAGAUUUCAUGAUAAGAAUAUCAUACCAAAAUUAGUAUAGCCACUUAGUUUUAAUAUAUUCCAACCAACUGCUCAGUGGCAAGUAUGAAGAAAAUGUACUUUUAGUGAUAUUCUACCAAACAGACUGAAUAACUCAAAAAGCAAAAAAAAAAACAAAAAACAAAUACUAUUUGUAGUUAGGUCUUUCGCUAGUAAAAAUUUAGUAAUCAUUAUUUUCAAAUGUAUUUAAUUUUCAAACAGUUGUCUUUGWUCUUAUAUAUAGUUGGAAAAUAGUAUAAUGCUCCAAAGUAGUGAGUAAAAUGUUUCAUCUGUAGGGAUAGGAAGAGGGAAGAAAUAGGAUUGCAACACGCACACAGCUUGGGUUUGGAGCGAGUUUAUGUUGUACAUGUAUAGUUAGUGAAAGGUAAAUGCAAAAGUUAUGCAAAGUAUGCAUUAUUGCRUAGUUACAAAGUAAGCAUUUUGGAAGAUUAUUAAAAAUAUAAUUAAAAUUAGAAGAAAAAAAGAAAAAUGUAAAUAAAAAGGGAGAUGUGAAGAACAACUUAGACAUCAAAUAAACAUGUACAAUAAAGUAUGUAGCCAAUUCAAA